UGUUGGCCGCGUUUCAUCCGCACCUCGGCCGCCAGCGGCGGCGGCAGCAGCAGCAGCGUAGCCACCUCCCCCCCUCCCCGCUCCUCCUCCUGCCCCCUCCCGCCUCUAUGUCUCUCUCUCUCCGAGCGCAGGACACCCGGAGCGCGCGAGCUCUUCUGCCCGAGUCCGAGCAGCGCGUUCAGCCCUAGGAGAGGCGACACCCCGCGCGCGACAUGGCCACCAUCGUCACGUCCACCCGCUUCACGGACGAGUACCAGCUGUACGAGGAGUUGGGCAAGGGCGCCUUCUCUGUAGUCCGCAGGUGUGUGAAGAAAUCGACUGGCCAAGAAUAUGCUGCUAAGAUUAUCAACACAAAGAAACUUUCAGCCAGAGAUCACCAAAAACUGGAACGAGAGGCUCGGAUUUGCCGCCUGCUCAAACACCCCAACAUUGUGCGACUCCACGACAGUAUCGCUGAAGAAGGCUUUCAUUACCUCGUCUUUGACCUUGUCACUGGUGGGGAGCUUUUUGAGGACAUCGUUGCCAGAGAGUAUUACAGCGAAGCAGACGCAAGCCAGUGCAUCAAUCAAAUCCUUGAGAGCGUCAAUCACAUCCACCAGCAUGACAUCGUGCACAGGGACCUCAAGCCUGAGAACCUGCUCCUGGCCAGCAAGCUUAAGGGGGCUGCUGUGAAACUUGCAGAUUUUGGCCUGGCCAUUGAGGUGCAGGGUGACCAGCAAGCAUGGUUUGGUUUUGCAGGCACCCCAGGUUACCUCUCCCCAGAAGUCCUGAGAAAGGACCCCUAUGGCAAGCCUGUGGACAUCUGGGCCUGUGGUGUGAUCCUCUACAUCCUCCUGGUGGGCUACCCUCCCUUCUGGGAUGAAGACCAACACAAGCUUUACCAACAGAUCAAGGCUGGUGCCUAUGAUUUCCCUUCUCCAGAGUGGGACACGGUCACCCCUGAGGCCAAGAACCUUAUUAAUCAGAUGCUGACCAUUAACCCGGCCAAGAGGAUCACUGCUGAGCAAGCUCUUAAACACCCAUGGGUCUGUCAACGCUCCACUGUGGCAUCCAUGAUGCACCGCCAAGAGACUGUGGAGUGUCUGCGUAAGUUCAACGCCCGGAGGAAGCUCAAGGGGGCUAUUCUCACAACCAUGCUGGUGUCCAGAAACUUCUCAGUGGGCCGGCAGCACACCAGCCCUGCCGCCACCACCAGCACUGCUGCGCUGGCACAGGAAGCAUGCAAAAGCUUGUUAAACAAAAAAUCCGAUGGUGUAAAGAAAAGGAAGUCCAGCUCCAGUGUUUAUUUGAUGCCACAGACAAACAACAGUAAAAACACUGUAGUCAGCAGCACCAGCACCAAAGACAGCAGCAUUUCAUCCUCUGCACCAAUGGAACCACAGACCACUGUUGUGCACAACCCUGCUGAUGGCAUCAAGGGUUCCACUGAGAGCUCUAACACAACAGAAGAGGAGGAUAUGAAAGGUAGGAAAGCAGCCGCGCCGGCCAGCGGCACUAGCAGCGACAGUGCAGUGGUGAGCCAGUGCAGCGCCAGCGAGGAGCCGGCUGCUCAGGUUGAACCACCCCAGUGUCCACCAGCCACUGCCACGCAUGAUGUAAAGCGCAUUGCAUGGAACAGUUCAGGACAGGCCUCCUGUCCCGAUUUAGAGCAUGCUCAACCGGGGGCUGCCACCGUGCCUCUAGGGGGCAGCAGCACGCAGCAGUCUCGCAAGCAGGAAAUCAUCAAGAUCACGGAACAGCUGAUCGAAGCCAUCAACAAUGGGGACUUUGAAGCCUAUACGAGAAUCUGUGACCCUGGAUUGACCUCCUUUGAACCAGAAGCACUUGGGAAUCUGGUGGAGGGCAUGGAUUUCCACAAGUUUUACUUUGAGAACUUGUUGAGUAAGAACAGCAAGCCCGUCCACACCACCAUCCUGAACCCCCACGUGCACCUGAUUGGCGAGGACGCCGCCUGCAUUGCCUACAUCCGCCUGACGCAGUACAUCGAUAGCCAGGGCCGGCCGCGCAGUAGCCAGUCGGAGGAGACGCGCGUGUGGCACCGCCGUGACUCCAAGUGGCUCAACGUGCACUUCCACUGCUCUGGCGCCCCUGCUGCCCCCCUGCAGUGAAUCCUGCUGGGCACAGGUCACACGAAUUCUCAUGUUGACUGGAGUGUUUCUUCUCCGAGGUGGGAUUAGCGCCGGGAGCCUGGCAGGACGACACCUUGAAGGUUAACACAUUUUAAAAUCAAAACCUACAGCGCCCAGCGACCACCACCACAUAUACAACACAACCUUGCUGACGUGGGGGGCCGGCUGUGGUGCUGGCUACGCCCUCUGGACGGUGCAUGUUUGUGGUGCCCGCAUGGGGGUGCCGUGGUGCCCUUUCAUGGAAUUUUUUUGGCCAUCUAUGCUGUCCAAAGGGUGUUUAAAAGUAUUGAUAUAUACACACAUACACACAACAGUACAUUUAAAUGUAACAGAAUUGACAUAACCUGUAAGUAAAUGGACAACAGGAGCUGAAGUUGUUGCAGUUUUGUUUUUAACAAACUCACCCCCACUUAGUUUCAGGUAAUUUAAUUUUUUUUUUUUUUAAUCUUAAAUGCAUAUCUAGAUUUGAAUGGAAACGUCAGCAGUAAAGUAGGGCAGAAGUUCUUUUAACUGUGUUAACAUAACUAAAAGCACCAAAGUGUAGACUGUAGGUAUUUGAUAUUGUUUUACUAUUUUGAGAGGGGGUGGGGUAAGUUUUGUAUUCUGUGUGUUGUCUCCUCAAUGAUGCUGUAUUUGGAAGUAUUUUGUGUUUAAAGCAAAUUCAUUUUUUAAUUUAAGACAUGUAUAGAUGUACAAGGUGGAGGGUGGGGGAAAGGGAGCAGUUGUGUGUCUCCUCUGUCCUGAGCCCCAGUCUGCCAUUCUGCACACAACCUGAAGUUGCAGAGUAGAGGAACUAACGACGUAAUGUUAAGGCAGCUGUACUACUGUCCCAUGGCUGAGAGCCCUCGCUUAGGCCUCGUACCGCCACCCCAGUUCCCUUAUCUGCGCUGUUUAGUACCGUGAUCGGACCCGAGACUCAAGGCCGCGGGCCCUCCGGUGGACUCUUCUGCAGCUUCAGGUUGAUACCUAUCCCCUACUCCCACGAUCCUGUCUCUCACGCGAAAGGCCACCGAUUCGUGGGUGGGUGGGGGGCAGCUUGCUUAAUGGCGCCCCAAAGGACCAACGGUGUCUGUCCUCUGCCCUUCUUUCUCAUUCUGGUUGUUUCUAGACACAGCAGCAUAGGGGAGGAACAGAUGUGGGUGGUCACAUGAAUGUCAGCCAGAGUGGUGCACGGUGGCAGCAGGGGCCCCGACUAUGUACCGUAUUAGUUAAUUCUGUGUCCUGUUGAGUAGCUGAUUUUCAUUCGUGGUGUAAAUAACGAAGGAUAAAGAGGGAGGCAAAGCUUAGACCUCAGCCCUAGUGAGCGAGGUAAGUGUGCUGCGCAGCGUAGCGGAACAGCGCGUAGCUCCACACUCCUCCACACUCCUCCAAACUCAGAGGGCUGGGGAUGGUUGAGAAUGGAGAAAGGAGACAUUUUGCACCCGCUCACCCAUUCGAACUAAAUGUUCCCUUUAAGAACAAGACAUAUCACCGUGUUGACUGAACAUCGGAACACUGUUUUCACUGUGUUGUAGUGUGUCAGUUGCAAUGUUGGGGGACUGGGGCUCAGCGUACCUCUCACCGUCACGUUCCAAACAGCCCCAUCGUAGCCUGCGAGAGCCUUGCAAAGCUGUUGGAGGGGAAGAGAAAGCCCCUACUGGGUGUAGUCCUGGCCCCCCAUCACCCUACUUUGUACAACACACCGUUAGCCGUAACACAUUAAUACCGUGACACUGUGUCUCCGCAAUGACGCAAUGUACAGUACUAUAAAAUGUGAUAUGUUUAUCUUGACUUGCGCUGUGGGUUCUGGCUGUGCUGCCUGGUGAUGUUUCUUUCAUUCAUUGUGUGUGUAGAUGCGCACAGAGCCAAGGAUGUGUUGCGUGGAAGAGUACAAGAUAAUGCGCCAUUUACUUCAGCAAAAUCGGAAGUGAAUGUGGGGGGGGGGGGUAUGACACUAAAAAAUAAAUACCCUUCAAGUUACUUAACUAUACCGGUUGGAAGUGAUUAUAUCCAAAAACAAGAUACUGAAAACAAAAUUAAGUCUCUGAAUUGAACAGGAGGAAAAAAAAAAAAAAAAAGAAAACAAUCAUAGAUGCAGUUUUACUCGAAGGAAAUAUGCAUGUCUACUUUCUGGUAAAUAUUUUUCACUGUCUGUGUUUACUUGAUACAAUGGAAAUCUAUGUUAGUUGCAUCUGAGGUAAAUGAAAACUGCGCAGUUGAAAAUACAAGUGAUACAUCAAAUUGAAAAAAGCCUUAGCUUGGUAUGUUCCCUCCUUAUUAGUAAAUUUAUUGCAUUGUAACAGUAUACUAUGGGGCUACAUAUAUACUCUUGAGUUUUAAAUUGGAUGCUGGAUUCUGCAUGAUCGUAUGAUGAAUAAACCAUGAAUUUAAAACUUACCCAGUGUUCGUUUGAAUGUUUGUAGGUCCUCAGCUUUGUUAUU